AUGCAGCAAGCUGUGAAGCCAUCCAGGGCCGCAGCCAACCAAGAUUCUCAGACUCAUGGCAGAUCUCAGGAUGCUUUAGCUGCCUGGCCGUUCUAUCGAAUGUGCUGGUCUGAUAGGGAAUCCUUCCCUCCAGCUUCUGGACCCUACGAGCCGGAGUUGUGCUGGGCUUAUACAUAUAUGCGGCGGACUCGCCUCUCCACUGCCUUUGAGAUAUCCUUUCGUGUUUCUGCUCUGCAUCUCUAUCUUCAUCCCUCUCUCCUCCCCUUUUCUUCGAUUGCGGGAGUUACAAGUUCCAUAUCCUUUUUGUUUUCCUAUCAUAUUCUCACUCCGUAUUCGCAGAAGGAAGCGGUGGUUGACGUCUUUGAAGAGAAUGGGAGGGCUUCGUUAAGCAGCUACAUAACUCGAGCCGAAGGAGUCCACCAUCUGGCCUUGGAAGAUUUUCCUGUCCACAGUAUCUCUGGCUCCAUCCGCGCAGUCAUUGCUCGAUACCAGCUGAAAAAGGAGAAUGACCUGUAUCAGUCUCUAUGUCAGCUGUACCAAGAUGAGGACGGACAUGCUACCGAAUUAUCCUCCGAAGCGUUCUCAGACAGGUUCCAGCGAAGCUUGAUCGCAUUGGCCUCGCUCACAGGCGUCCUUGCAUCUCUGGCCAUUGCCGUACUGGAUACUGAUGGCCACGGAGUCUAUAGCCGACCGAUCAUUCUGCAAUGGCUGAUUUUUACUGUUUGGGCAGCUGCGCUGAGUGUUGAGCCUUUCUCAGCCAAAAGAUAUGAAUUAGGCCUGUAUAAGGCUGUCUCCUGCUGCUUCCUUUUAUUUGUUCUGAGUGGUCAACUAUGGUCCAUCAAAUCGAUGGAUGGAUGGCAAUACCUCUCCUCUCCUCAUGGCAUCGUCCUUCUGGUUCAGUUAUUAGCCGGGCUUUCCAGCUGCUGUGCCUCAGUCUCUUUGCCUCGCCGACCUGAGCUGUAUUUGGACGGGAAGCCUGUGGAUCAUCAGUUUACUGGCACCUUCUUCGGCCGCAUUUCCUUCUCCUGGGCAGGACCUUUACUUAAAUUCGCUAUCAAGAACCAGACUUUAGAAAUAGAUGACCUCCCAGCGCUCGACUAUGCAACCCGGUCUACGAACUUGCGAGAUGUUUUUGACAAGGCAAAAAAGCCUGGUGAGAAACUCUGGAGGACGCUUGUACGAGUAUACGCUUCUUCCUUGAUUAGCCAGGCCCUCCUAGUUGUCUGCACGUCAAUUUUUAACUUUGCGCCUCAGUAUUGCCUGUUGAAAAUACUGCGUUCUCUUGAGAGCCGCAACUCAGUUUCGUGGCAUCCCCUGGAUGCCUGGGUUUGGGUAUUUGCUCUCGGAGGCUCUAUACUCCUUUCUUCAACUGUCGAAUCUUGGCUGUACUGGGUUGCACAAUACCAGCUGGGUAUUCCAGUAUAUGAGCAGCUAUCCGCGGUCAUAUUUGCGAAGGCAAUAAGGCGGAAGGAUGUCAAAGGCCGACAGCAGGUCAAUGGACAAUCUGAGCAAGGAGACAAACAGGACUGUCCUCAGGGACCAUUUGAGGAAGAUGGUGAAGAUGACAGAAAGACCAGACAAGCCACUAUCAACCAUAUAGCCGUUGACGCCACCCGAAUUGCCGAUUUCGCGGCCUACAACUGCAUCAUUAUUCUCAUCAUUGUCAAGCUGACUAUUACAAUCAUUUUUCUUAGCGGCUUGAUUGGCUGGAAAGCUCUUGGUGCUGGACUACUUGUGUCAGUGAUUAUAACUCCUAUGAAUAUUUACACAGCCAAGAGAUAUAACUCGUCACAAAAUACCCUGAUGGACCACCGGGACCGUAAAAUGGGAGUGGUUGCAGAAGCCCUCCAGGGUAUCCGUCAGAUUAAAUUCUCUGCGUUGGAGAGCCAAUGGGAGCGGAAAAUAUUCGCUGUGAGAGAAGCUGAGCUAAGUGCUCAAUGGCAAACAUUUAUCUGUGAAAUAUUCCUGGUCACUAUCUGGAUAAUUGGCCCUGUUAUGCUCUCGGCCGUAUCCUUAGGAGUUUAUACCAUUUUAUACGGCUCGUUGUCUCCUUCUAUUGCGUUUACCACUAUUUCGGUGUUCACAGCCAUGGAGUUUUCCCUGGCGGUUCUGCCAGAAUUGGUUGCAGACUUUAUAGAAGGCUUUGUUAGUGCGGAACGUAUAGGAAAAUACCUCGAGUCAUCAGAAAGGAUUCCAACAAUAAUUCCAAGUGAACAUAUCUCAUUUGAAAAAUCCACCGUGGCGUGGCCUACGGAGAACCUUGAUUACAAGGCCGAACUGUUCACGCUUCAGGAUUUGAACAUCAACUUCCCAUCAAAGGGGCUAAGCGUGAUAUCAGGGAAGACUGGCUCUGGAAAGAGUUUACUUCUCGCUGCUAUCCUGGGCGAAGCUGACGUACUCGAGGGUGUUAUUCGAGCCCCUGUUCCACCUCCACUAGAGGACAGAUUUGACAGUAAGGCCACGAAGGCCAACUGGAUAAUUGACUCUGCUACUGCAUUUGUUGCACAGGUUCCAUGGAUUGAGAAUGCAACCAUUAAGGAGAAUAUAUUAUUCGGGCUCCCUCUUGAUAAAGAAAGAUAUGAGAAAGUCUUAUUUGCCUGUGCAUUAGAGAAGGACUUUGAAAUGCUUCCAGAUGGCGAACUCACGGAUAUCGGAGCAAAUGGUAUCAAUCUCAGCGGUGGCCAAAAAUGGAGAAUAUCAUUUGCACGAGCGUUAUAUUCUCGUGCGGGAAUACUUAUUAUGGACGAUAUAUUUAGCGCCCUUGAUGCCCACACAGGACGACAUCUGCAUAUCCAUGCCUUAACAGGCGAACUAUCCGAAGGACGGACAAGAAUUCUCGUUACCCAUCACGUCGGACUCUGUUUACCGCAGGCUGAUUACGCAGUCCACCUCGAAAAUGGUGCUGUAAAAUACGCCGGAACGCUCGUCGAGCUUCGACGAACAGGGACCUUGAGUGAGAUCCUUGCAGAAGAAGAUACUAAGCAGGAGGCAAAGAAAUCCUCGCCGUCACUGGCUCUUCAUAAACAAUCUGCUGAAGGCGGCUCCGCUAAUACUCAAACAUGUGUUCAGAGACAAAUAAAGGAGCCACCAAGGAAAUUCCAGCAGGAGGAAGGUCGUGAGAUUGGCGCCGUGAAAUUGAUCAACUACGUGAAAUAUCUGCAAAACGGAGGAGGGCUACCAUUUUGGACUAUCGUGAUGUUUCUGUUCACCCUUUUUGCAACCUUGGGAGUACUCCGCUCAUGGUGGGUUAGUAUUUGGACCAGGUCCGUGGAAGAGAUAGCAGAGCAAAAAUUGGAUAUCAUGUUCCAUGUCACCAACCGCAUCUUGACUCCAAAAGAGUCGCCCCCUGAUAAGUUAUGGUUCUACCUUGGUAUAUAUGUAGCACUGUCAGUGCUAUCAUGUGUGGUCGGGUCUCUUCGAUACGCAGCUUUCCUAUACUCAUGCAUUCAGGCUUCACGGAGCAUAUUCAGGAAGCUUACAUAUACCAUCCUUCGGACUCCUCUGCGAUGGCUCGAUACUGUUCCUCUCGGCAGAAUCCUCAACAGGUUCACUUCAGAUUUCAAUCAGAUUGAUUCCAAGCUUCCAUUUGAUUUAUCCGGCAUGGUACAAAAUGUUCUACAAAUCAUUGGAAUUAUAGCCGCAGGUGUACUCGUCUCGCCUUUUCUAAUCAUCUUCGCCAUGAUCUUACUUUUGCUAUGUUUUUAUUAUUCCAACUUAUUCCUUCAGGGAGCUCGCGAGAUCAAGCGUCUUGAGAGUAAUGCAAAAAGUCCGAUAUUCGAGCAAUUCGGUUCUGCCCUUAUAGGAUUAGGGACAAUUCGCGCAUUCAGCAAAGGGCAAGCUUACAUCGAACGCAUGUAUGCUAAGAUUGACCGCCAUGCCCAGGCUUACUGGAACCUAUGGCUGUUUAACCGCUGGCUUGGUUUCCGCAUGAGUGUCAUUGGAGCAGCCUUUGCCAGUGCUACUGCAGCUUUUAUUGUAAGUCUCAGUUCAAUUGACGCAUCUCUUGCUGGGUUUGCUCUUAGUUUUUCUCUUCAAUAUACAUCCGCAGUUACCUGGAUGUUGAGAAAAUAUGCCAACGUUGAGUUGGAGAUGAACUCAGUGGAGAGAGUAUUUGAAUAUUCGGAUCUUGAGAUCGAGAAUCAAGACGGCCUAGAUGCUCCAGCAGCAUGGCCAACGGAGGGACGAUUGGAAGUCUCAGACCUUGUUGUCGCAUAUGCUCCGGAGCUCCCUCCUGUUUUGAAAGGACUGUCAUUCACGGUUGAAAAAAACCAACGAGUCGGGAUAGUCGGUCGGACCGGCGCAGGCAAGUCUUCCCUGACGUUAGCCCUCUUCCGUUUCCUGGAGACUCGAGAAGGGUCUAUUCAUAUAGAUGGAGUUGAUGUGUCUAAGAUUAAACUUGCACAUCUGCGGAGCCGUCUUGCCAUUAUUCCACAAGACCCGGUUCUAUUCUCUGGAACCAUUCGCUCAAACCUCGAUCCAUUCGAUGAGUAUUCUGAUUCCGAACUUCAAAGUGCCUUGGAACGUGUUUAUCUGGUCCCUCAAGCCGAUCAAAUGUCGUCAAUCUCUUCUAUUGGGGCUCCAGAAACACCCACCGAAUCCGGUGUAAGCACUCCCACUGCCGUUGAAUCCAGCGCUUCCAGUACCUUAGCUAGCAGGGCCGGUACGAGCAUCAAUAUCUUCAGGAACUUGAAUUCUAGUAUAUCUGAGGGUGGCCUCAACCUUUCUCAAGGUCAACGUCAGUUGCUUUGCCUGGCACGAGCCAUUGUAUCCCGGCCGAAGAUCAUGGUUCUUGACGAGGCUACUUCUGCAGUUGACAUGGAGACCGAUGCGCUUAUACAGCAGUCUAUCCGGUCUGAAUUUGGCCGUAACUCAACGACCUUACUGGUCAUUGCCCAUCGUCUGAGCACCAUCGCAGAUUUCGAUCGUAUUCUGGUUUUGGAUGCCGGAAAGGCGGUUGAGUUUGGUACACCAAAGGACCUGAUGCAUAUUGAAAACGGCGUAUUUAAGAGCCUUGUGCAUAAUAGUGGUGAGCGAGAGGCACUAGAGAGUAUUGUUCUGGCCUAG